GGGUGGAUCGCGCGCUCCGUUAUGCGCUUUUAACCGUAGACUGUAAAAUGCCCACCGAUAUAAUGACGACUUGUCGCACAGAACUCUUCGGGCCGAGUUUCAGUAAGAAAACGUGUGAUGCUGAACAAAAAUCCGGCUUCUUGGUGCUUCUCAGCCAGAGCGGGAUACGCAAGGAUGUGAGAGUGGUUGUGUAUAGAACCUCCCUUGAACACUUCGCUGUGAUAUAUCCCAGAAAGCGUCUGUCUAAGCCUUUGGGUGUUGUUAAUCUGAGGAACACGUCCGUGGAGCGAGACGCGGCGAAUGGCUUCUUUGUGAGACAGAAAGGGUACGAUAAUACAGUAUCCGCAAGAUUUCUCUGCUCCGAGAGAGAUAUGGAAGCUUGGCUGUCGGCUUUUUCCGCGCCCAACCAGUCUUGUCAACAUCAAAGUCUGCCGGUCCUAGUCGAAACGGAGGAGAGUUAAGCCGCCGACUCCCUGUGAUUUGGUUGUGAUUUUUUCCUCGGAGGUGUCGCGAGAAACGAGGUUGUGUUUAUUUUGCAAUGAUGCGAAAGUGAAAGUUGCCGUUUUUUGCGUGUGCACGAAAGUCAGUAGCGCCCACAUGCUACCCAGAGCUUGAAGUUCUGAGAACUUUAGUUUUAAUGACGUGUUUCGGGAUUUUUUUUCUGUUAACAGUGUUUA